AUGAACCCUUUUACAGGGUGGUCAGCAAUAUUUGCUCAAUUUACUAAGGAAUGGCGAUAUCAUGAAAAGCGCCGAUAUGCGUUUCAGUCUAGAUUUUUCUCAGAUGACACGCCGCUCGAUGAGUUGCAGAUCAAUUUUGAGAAUAAUGAUAGUGUGCAGGCAGUUGAUUCAAUGGAAAAUUUAACCUUCAACUUUGAGAAAGAUUCUGAUCUUUGGGGUAUGGCAUACUGCAAACUUCGAAUUCAGGAGAGUGACCUCAUCACUGGAUACGAAAAGAUUAUGCAUGAAUAUCUCCAUAAUACCCAGGACCAAGGGGUGAGGGACUUGGAUGUUCCUUCGAUCCAGCAGAGUCAACUGGUGGAAUUUCUUCGUUGCAGUCUAGAGAAUGUGACGAGCAUGCAAUCUACAGUUGGUAAAAUGGGGCCUCAUGUGAGGCAAGCACAAUCCGCCAUGCUAUCAUUGAAAAGUGGGAUAACAUUGGCUGUUCCACAUGGCGCAAUUCUAUGGGCUUCACUCGCAGUCGCUCUCUCAAUGGCAAGUUUGUUCUCCUCGGCUGUUCAUGAUGUGGCAAAUGCUAUAAACGGUGUGGCUGAUAUUACAGGGAAAAUGAAGUGGUACACAAAUUUGGCAGAUGUUCUUGUCCACCAUCAACACAGACAAGAGGAACCAUUCUUGGCGAUGCGCUGUGAACUUCUAAGUAAAAUCUUAGACAUGUACACGACGCUUCUUCACUUCGCGAUUGAAUGUGUGUGUGCAUUCAGACAAGGUCUUUCUCAGGCCCUUACACAGCUUCAAAUCUCCCCAAGCAAAUGGGAGAGUUUACGGCAAAGCAUCUAUAUCGCUGAGCAAGAAGUUGAGGAUCUUUUAAGCCAAUAUUCUAACGCAAGCAUCACUUCCUACGUCAGCCUUUUGGUUCAUUUGGAACUUUCAAAAGAAUACCGUGAUAUCAUGCAACAGCUUUGCGUCAUUGACGUCGAUGCAGCCAUCAAGUCUCUGAGGAAACAAAGCGAGAACAACGAAACAUAUCCGGAGGAGGCACAAAAUCUUGCAUCCAGAGAAUGUAAUGAUCGUCAUUUAUGCCUUCCAAAUGGCGAAGAUGAAGCUACGACAACUCAAAUGAUACGAGCCUUUGAUUUCCUGAUCAAGCAACUCAACACGCGUUUUGACAUAUCUCAUGUUUCCUAUUUUUUUGUAACGACACGAAAAAAAAAACCGAUGUUAUGA